CGCCCCCCGACCCUAGGUGACCUGGUAGAUACCCGUUCGAGAGCCUGUCCCUACACCCGGCGGCCGCAGGGGGUCUCGAAGAAAGAAAUCCGGCGGCGGGGAGAGAAUCCUGACUGUAGGUAGGGGGAGGGGCUGGCUGCCCCGCCCCUCGCCGCCGGAUUUCGACCGCGAGGAGCCGCCCGGCUCCCGCCCCUAGCUGGCCCAGCCGCGUGGAGUGUCUGGGAACCAGGAGAAGGAGCCAACCCGCCGAGAUGGAGGCGGCCAGCACCGGGACGCUGCUGCUGGUGCUGCUGCUGCUCUUGGUGCUGACGCUGGCGCUGCCCCGGACCCCGGGCCACCUGCCCCCGGGGCCCAUGCCGCUGCCGCUGCUGGGGAACCUCCUGCAGCUCCGGCCCGGGGCGCUGUACUUGGGGCUCUUGCGGCUAAGUAAGAAGUAUGGACCAGUGUUCACCGUGUACCUGGGUCCCUGGCGGCGCGUGGUGGUCCUGGUUGGGCACGAAGCUGUCCAGGAGGCCCUGGGAGGUCAGGCUGAGGAGUUCAGUGGGCGGGGGAUGCUGGCAACGCUGGACGGGACUUUCGAAGGCCAUGGGGUUUUCUUCUCCAAUGGGGAGCGAUGGAGGCAGCUGAAGAGGUUCACCACACUCGCGCUGCGGGACCUGGGCAUGGGGAAGCGAGAAGGCGAGGAGCUGAUCCAGGCGGAGGCCCGGUGUCUGGUGGAGGCAUUCCAGGGGACAGAAGGACAGCCAUUUGACCCCUCCCUGCUGCUGGCCCAGGCCACCUCCAACAUCAUCUGCUCCCUUACCUUCGGCCUCCGCUUCCCCUAUGAGGAUGAGGAGUUCCAGACCGUGGUCCGGGCAGCUGGUGGUGCCGUGCUGGGGAUCAGUUCCCCAUGGGGCCAGGCCUACGAGAUGUUCUCCCAGCUCCUGCAGCACCUGCCGGGGCCCCACACACAACUCCUUGGUCACUUGAGCAUCCUGGCCACCUUUGCCGUCCAGCAGGUGCAGCGACACAAGGGGAGCCUGGACACCUCCGGGCCCGCGUGCGACGUUGUGGAUGCCUUCCUGCUGAAGAUGGCAGAGGAAAAGCAAGACCCAAACACAGAAUGGACUGACAAGAACUUGUUGAUGACAGUCAUUUAUCUGCUGUUUGCCGGGACGGUCACGGUCAGCACCACGGUCCGCUACGCCCUCUUGCUUCUGCUGAAAUACCCUCAGGUCCAAGAGCGUGUCCGGGAGGAGCUGACCCGGGAGCUGGGGGCUGGCCGGGCGCCAGGCCUGGGGGACCGAGCCCGCCUCCCCUACACGGACGCAGUUUUGCAUGAGGCGCAACGGCUGCUGGCUCUGGUGCCCAUGGGAAUGCCCCACGCCCUCACGAGGACCACCUGCUUCCGAGGGUACACCCUUCCCCAGGGCACCGAGGUCUUCCCCCUCCUGGGCUCUGUCCUGCAUGAUCCUGAGGUCUUCCAAAAGCCAGAGGAAUUCAAUCCAGACCGAUUCCUAGAUGCAGACGGACGGUUCCAGAAGCAGGAGGCAUUCUUGCCCUUCUCCUUAGGGAAGCGCGUCUGCCUCGGAGAGGGCCUGGCUCGGGCAGAACUGUUCCUCCUCUUUACCGCCAUCCUGCAGGCCUUCUCCCUGGAGAGCCCGUGCCCGCCAGGGACCCUGAGCCUCCAGCCAGCCGUCAGCGGCCUUUUCAACAUCCCCCCAGCCUUCCAGCUACAAGUCCGGCCCACUGACCUCCACCCAUCCUGUGGCCCCGAUGACGGAAGGAGCCAUGGGACAUGGUGGCCUUCUCAUGGGGGUGGGCGUGAACACGCUUGUGUCUCCAGAACCGCAAGUCCACACCACAGGCAGCCACGUCCACGCACCUGGAGCUGUUUUCUAGGGUCAGUUGCACAGAUACUCAGCCUACAUGUCCACAGGGCCACGCUCACUCAGCCCACGCAGCUGCUGAGACACGCAACCCCCCCCCCCAACUUCACACGGCCACGGAAAGGUCCACGAGGCAACUCUGCCACACAGGCUUUCUGUAGUCACAGAUUUAGUGCGUCUGGAGUCACAACCAUGUGCCCAGAUAAACACACCACCUCAUACACAACACAACUCCCCUUGAUGUGCAACCCGCAUGUGGGAGUUUGGCUCCUACCUUAACAAGCCACAGAAACAGCCUCUAUGUUCAGGGCCCACACGCCCUCUUCGCCCAUCCAACUUACCAACGCUGGCAGUUCUGGGAGCCUGCUGCAGAGGGGAACGUGCCCCUUCCCGGGUCAUGUCCCCACACAGAGAGACCAGCCCUGUCUUCAGCCCCAGCAUACCCUCUCUCUCGCAGCCACACUGCAAUCCAGGCACAUGGCCAUCGCUGUCCGCAUGCCCCCGACCGCUGAACCACACAGCCAGCCCACACAUGACACCAUGCCAUUUCCAAGUAUCUUCUCACUGAGACACACCAUUCCCGGGGAGCACAGCCCUGGCCUCCUCCAGACCUUCAGCCCUCAAGGAUACCCCUUUCCAAGCCCCUUGAUGCUCAGAUUCUCCCAAAUAUAAAUAUAUCCCCGAGUAUGCAGUUGUGCGCACAGGCCUGGGAACCAAGGGAACUUGGACACACUGGACCCUCCGAUCAGAGCCCCCCCCCCCCCUCUUGUUUAUGUAACCAUGUUAAAAGCCUCCCCUGCCUGUCCCUCCACACAUACACACUGACCCACCUCCCCUCCCCACGCCCCAGUUAGACCCGGUGAAAGGGGCUAGAUGACCCAGUUGGGGCCAGAUUCCAACUCCCGGUGUCAGGGAAGAGGCCAGUUCUGACGUCCUUGUGACUUGAAGGUCCCCAUUUUGCAAUAAAAGUUGAUGUCUGGCCCCUGUCAGGGCCUGGUGUGCCUGUGA